UCUCUCUCUCUCUCUCUCUCUCAUGCUUUCUGGCUGGCCACUGCCUAUAGUCACUCCGAUCCCCUGAUCAUAUAUUCAUAUAACCCCAAAUGUGUCUGCUUCCCCAAAAGCAAGCUCCUUAGUCUCCUUCCUCUUUUAACAAAUUAAUAAAUUAAAGCUGCUCUGCUGCAGCCCACCUGCCUUGCCUGCAGCUGUGUGUGUGUGUGUGUUCGUGGAGAUGGCGGCGGCAAUGGGAGGCGAUGGGGAGUUGAGGGGUGGAGGGACGGCGUACUUGGUGUGGGAAGAUCUGACGGUGGUGCUUCCCAACUUCGGGCAUGGCCCUCCCAAGCGCUUGCUCGGUGGGCUGAAUGGCUAUGCUCAGCCCGCCCGCCUUACGGCCAUUAUGGGCCCCUCUGGCUCCGGUAAAUCCACCCUUCUCGAUUCCCUCUCAGGCAGGCUGUCAAGAAAUGUUGUGAUGACUGGAGAUGUUCUUCUUAACGGGAAGAAGAGAAGUCUUGAUUAUGGAGUAGUGGCUUAUGUCACACAGGAAAACGUAUUGUUGGGAACCCUCACUGUUAGGGAAACCAUCACAUACUCAGCCCAUUUGAGGCUUCCAACCACUAUGUCCAAAGACAAGAUACAAUGCGUGGUGGAGGCAACGCUCGAGGAGAUGGGACUUCAAGAGUGUGCAGACAGGCUGAUCGGGAAUUGGCACAUAAGAGGUAUUAGUGGUGGGGAGAAGAAGAGACUCAGCAUUGCUCUUGAAAUUCUUACACGGCCCCCUCUCUUGUUUCUCGAUGAACCCACAAGUGGCCUCGACAGUGCAUCAGCCUUCUUCGUGAUCCAAACCAUUAGAACGGUUGCUCGUGAUGGAAGAACAAUCAUCUGUUCAAUCCAUCAGCCUAGUAGUGAAGUUUUUACACUCUUUGAUGACCUCAUUUUACUGUCUGCGGGUGAAUGUGUGUACUUCGGGGAGGCAAAGAUGGCUGUACAGUUCUUUGCUGAAGCGGGGUUUCCAUGUCCAAGUAGGAGAAAUCCUUCUGAUCACUUCUUGCGAUGUAUUAAUUCAGACUUCGAUAUUGUAACAGCCACGUUGAAAGGAUCACAAAGACUUCGUGAAAUUAGCAGUUCUUCAGAUCCUUUCAUGGACUUGGCAACAGUUGAGAUCAGAGGCAUGCUUGUUGAGAAAUACAAGUACUCAGAGUAUGCCACAAGGGCUAGAGCUAGGAUCCAAGAACUGUCUGUAAUACAGGGACAUGAGAUUGAAAGAAAAGGGGGAAGCCAACCAGGAUUCUGGAAGCAACUUGCAAUUUUGACGAGGAGAUCUUCAGUGAAUAUGUCCAGAGACAUAGGAUAUUACUGGCUACGGAUGAUCAUCUAUAUAGUCGUUUCUAUUUGUGUUGGCACCAUCUACUUCGACGUAGGCACCAGCUACACAGCAAUCUUGGCCCGGGGGGCUUGCGGUGGAUUCAUAUCGGGUUUCAUGACAUUCAUGUCCAUUGGAGGUUUUCCAUCCUUCAUAGAAGAAAUGAAGGUGUUUUACCGAGAAAGGCUCAAUGGACAUUACGGAGUUGCUCUGUUUAUCCUAUCAAAUUUCCUCUCUUCGAUGCCAUUCUUGGUUUCGAUCGCAGUCUGCACAGGGAGUAUCACUUACUACAUGGUAAAAUUUCGGUCAGGAUUUUCUCACUACGUCUACUUUUGCUGCAAUCUUUUCCUCUGCAUAGCUGUCGUGGAGAGCUGUAUGAUGGUCGUAGCUUCAUUGGUUCCCAACUUUCUAAUGGGAAUUAUAACAGGGGCCGGGAUUAUUGGAAUAAUGAUGAUGACAGCUGGGUUUUUCCGGUUGCUGCCUGAUCUUCCAAAGGCGUUCUGGCGCUACCCGGUUUCAUAUAUCAGUUACGGGGCAUGGGCGCUACAGGGUGCAUACAAGAACGACUUGAUCGGGCUGGAGUUCGAUCCCCUGGUGCCAGGUGACCCGAAACUGAAGGGCGAAGAUGUCAUUAAAAACAUGUUCGGGAUUCCUCUAGAUCAUUCCAAAUGGUGGGACUUGUUUGCUGUGCUGGUCAUCCUCAUAUCUUACAGACUCGCCUUCUUCAUUGUCCUCAAGCUCAAGGAGAGAGUUGCGCCGCGCCUUCAGUUGCUUUACGCCAAGAGAACCCUUCGUCGUCUCAAGAAGAGCCCUUCUCUCAGGAGAAAACCGUCCAUCUCUUCAAAGAGGCAUCAGCAUCAACCUCUCCAUUCCCUGUCUGCGCAGGAAGGUCUGUCUUCUCCUGUUGUCUGAAAGCAGCCCGGCUUGUGCUGUUUAUAAUUUGUAACACAAAUGACCCCAUCUUGUCAAUAUGUUGUAGCAUAUAAUUAAAGAUGGAGUGGAGAUUCAUCCAUAUAUUAUAUGCCUAUGUCCAGACACUGAAAAAGCAGUGUUGUUUGGUUCAAUAAUGUUUGCUAUUCUUUCAAUCAAGCAUAUAAAAUGAUAGUGCUGUUGCAAUCA